CUAAGGUCAGCACCGUGUGCCCCAACAGCAACUGCUAUGGGAGACAGCAGCGGUCCACACCGUUUCACGAACUAUUUGCAACCAGCCAAUCAGCAGCAAACCACUCCGAAUAUGAUCGUACAGCAGCACCGUCACUUUCAGCACCAGUGCCGUAUAUGUGGAGUAAAUGAAGGGCUUCGACGGUGCAGCCGAUGCCAGAUUGCGUACUACUGUUCGGUCGACCAUCAGCGGAUAGACUGGAAGGUGCACAAAACCGAGUGCCGCUCUAUACAGUUGCCACCACAGCAGCAAACGUCCACAAUGGUCGCCGCUGCAUCGAUGCAGCUCCAACAACAGAAUCGGCAAACACUCAGUGCACUAUAUCCGACCGUUGCAAGCGAUGGACAGCAGCUGGGAAAUGUGUUCAUGCCAUCUGCCGCCGUCUCAACCGAAGGCAGUAGCAGUUUUUGUGUACGUGCAGAAAUGCCACUUCCGAACUGCAGCACCAACACCAUCAACGGUGGGUUUGUUUCACAGGCAGCAAAUGUAAACAUCGCUGCACACCCUUCACUAACACAGCCGUUCGCAGAUCAGAAUGCGUCUUCUGCUAUCGGAACAGUCGUUACCCACCAGCCUACCGCGACCUCCGUUGCUGUUCCGAUGUACAACGGCGGGGAGUCCACGGGAGCGACGACGUGCGCGCGAACGCAGCAACCGAUGAUAGCCUCCGAUGGCAGCGACAGUGGCGACGAGUUUCUGAACGAGCUCGCAGUUUCAAAGUUGUUUCCGAUCGAUGCGCUCGCGUCUGCCGAGGAGCUCGCCGAUCUAGACCAGCUCGACGUGGAUCAUAUACUGAACGAGAACAAUUUUCUCAACAAUAUUAACAAUCUGAACGUGUUUGACGGUACCGAACAGCAGCAACAGCCGGAACAGUUUAUCGAGUCGGAUUUUGUAAUCACCGAAAACGUACAGCAGACAACAGACAACAACAAUCGAUUCGAUAUCGAUCUUAGCGGUUCGGACGCGUUGUUCCUGAACAAUAAUUAUAACUUUGUUCUUAACAAUCCCGCCGUAGUACCCGGUGGUGACGGUUGCGAAAGUAACCCCGACCAACCAGCAGUGGUAGUGCUCGAUCAAAGUAAUCCGUCAUCGUACGCGGGAAGAACGGCGAAAAUGCAGCUAGCCCAAUCGGGUGGUAGUGUGAUGUUGCUACAGCAACCGCAGCAGCAUCAACAAAAGCAGCAGCUUGAUCAACGUGCAUCAUCCAAAGCGCAGCAGCACCAGCAGCAACAAUUGGCCGCACUGAUCCGGCAGGCCAGCAGUGCGGUAGUGGAUGGACCAACGUUAGCGAAAGUCGAUCAACUGAAGCAGGACAUACGUAAGGGAAGGACUCCCCAAGUUUCGAAUUUUAGUGCAACCAGCAAUGGAAAGUCCGCUUCCGAUUCUCCGGGUGUUGUAUCGACUGUGAGUAGUGGUGAUGCUGUGUCGCAUCCUGCCGCUAGUGAGGGUGGCGGUGUUGCUGCCGAAGUGUAUGAGUUGGACUGUGAAAAUUUAGACGAAGCCUGCCGCAGUUUGAUACGCGAUAUGAAUGAGUACGGGGUGUGUGUGUUGGACAAUUUUCUUGGCCAAGAACGGGGCCUGCAGGUGCUGGACGAGGUUACCGGAAUGUAUUCGUCCGGGGUGUUUAAGGAUGGGCAGCUAGUUUCGAACCGCGUUGGAAACAAUCUGCGCCACAUACGGGGAGAUAAAAUUACCUGGAUCGGUGGAAAGGAACCCGGUUGCAGCAGCAUCGGAUACCUUAUCAAUCGUGUUGAUGCAGUUAUUACCAAUUGCAAGCGGAUGGAGAACAAUGGCAAACUUGGCCGGUAUAAUAUCAAAGAGCGAACAAAGGCUAUGGUCGCCUGCUAUCCUGGGUCUGGAUCGCAUUACGUGAAGCACGUCGACAAUCCCAACAGUGACGGACGCUGUAUUACCGCCAUCUACUAUCUCAAUCUCGAUUGGGACGUACGGGAAAGCGGUGGUUUGCUCAGAAUUUUCCCGGAAGGAUGUAACGACCGUGUGGCCGACAUUGAACCAAUCUUUGACCGCAUCCUGUUCUUCUGGUCGGAUCGGCGAAACCCGCACGAAGUUCAGCCAGCUCAUCGCACCCGGUACGCCAUAACGCUUUGGUAUCUGGAUGCGGAGGAAAGGGAAUCGGCCCGGUUGCGAUACCAGCAGGACUGUGAGAAACGAUUAAAGGCUUAG